AAUCUUACUGCUGUAUUCUGUAUGGAGAAUCUAUCUGUCAAUCAUUCAAGUCCCCACCCCCUUGUUGCCAUGGAGACACAGCCACACCUCCAGGUUUCCAUCCCCAACAGGCUGAGCCAAUCUAAUAAAGCCAGUGCGGGAUCGGUCAUGGAUUGGUCAGGUCUGUGAGCGCUGCUCUGAGCUCAGCUGUGUUCAGUUGGUGCCCGUCUGCUGCCUCUCAUUACACACUGAUCUCUCCCUGCCGUCUCUCUGUUUACUGUCUAUCUCUCUCUGUCAUCGAUUCUACCUGUCUCAGAAGGGAAGCGAACAACACUGCUCAAGGCUUUAAAUAGGGGGGAAACAUUCCCUCUUCAACUUUGGAUUUUUACAGUCUUGGAUUUAAACCCAAAAGGUUUUUUAUUUUAUUUUUUUGCAAAUUAUUCCUCAUGGAAGGGGUCUGACUGUCUUCAGCCUGUUGCUGCGUAUCUCCUGGUGGAGGUGAUCGAGCUGUUGGGUGGGGGGGCUUGGGGUGGGGGUGCCGAUAGCUGUCAGAACCGCCGUCACCAGGAGGGCGAGGGACACGUGUCGUAUGCUGCAGAUGGUACGGACCCUCGCCCAGUUCACCAUCGCCCUGGAGGAGAUGCAGGAGAGCGGAGAGAGCACCAGUGAUGACGGAGGAGGAGGAGGAGGGGUGGGUGAAGAGGUGGACAGGGGCGCUGCUGUCGAGCCCAAUAGAAACAGGGUUGGGGGCAGCUUCAGCGCCCCUCAGACCAGUUCUGAGGAUAUGAGAAGACAUGUGAUCAUGACUCUGCUGGAUACUGAACAAUCUUACGUUGAGUCUCUGCGCACACUUAUUCAGGGCUACAUGAAGCCCCUCAAGCACCCGGAAACCUCGCCUCUCUGUGACCCGUCUCUGGUGGACGAGAUGUUUUACCAGAUCCCUGAGAUCUUCGAGCAUCACGAGCAGUUCCUGGAGCAGGUGCUGGACUGUGUGAACCAGUGGCACGACAAACAGACGAUCGGUCAUGUGCUCAUACAGUCGUUUUCCAAAGAGAUCCUCGCCAAUAUUUAUUCAGCGUACAUCGACAACUUCAUGAACGCCAAAGACGCAGUGAGAAUCGCCAAGGAAGCCAAGCCUGCUUUCCUAAAGUUUCUAGAGCAAAGCAUGCGUGAGAAUAAAGAGAAACAAGCUCUGGGUGAUCUGAUGAUAAAGCCGGUACAGCGGAUCCCACGAUACGAGCUGCUAGUUAAGGAUCUUCUGAAGCACACUCCCGAGGAUCACCCAGACUACCUGUUCCUGCAGGACGCCCAGAAGAACAUCAAGCGAUUGGCUGAGAGGAUCAACAAGGGCCGACACACCGCCGAGGAGCUGGAGCGAGAGACACGCGUCAUGCAGGAGAUCGAGGCGCACAUCGAAGGCGUGGAGCACAUCCUGAAUCCACAGAGGAAGUUCCUGAGACAAGAGAUGGUGGUGGAAGCGAAAACGGUGGGCGGUAAGAAGGACCGCUCUCUGUUUCUGUUCAGCGAUCUGCUCAUCUGCACCACGCUGAAGAGGAAGUCUGGAUCUCUGCGCCGGAGCUCCAUGAGUCUAUACUCCACUGCUAGUUUCAUUGACACCUCCAGCAAAUACAAGUUCUUGUGGAAACUGCCUUUAGAAGACAUUGAAGUGGUUAAAGGUUCUAAUCAAGCCACGAACAGAGAAAACAUCCAGAAAACCAUCAGCCGUCUGGAUGAAGAUCUCAGCACGCUGGGCCAAAUAAGCAAGCUGUCAGAAACACUCAGUUUCCCCCAUCAGAGUUUGGACGAUGUGAUAAAGGAUCUGAUGGCGUCGGUUCACCGGGAGCUGGCAGAUAAACAGUCUGUGGCCUUCAGCAUGACGUUACUGCCCACUAAACUAGAGCUGACCAGCACUUCAGCCGAGACCACCUUCAUCUUUGAGUUCAGCAGCCCUGAUACCCGCAGUAACUUCGAGCAGGCCUUCGAGGAGGCCAAGAAGAAGCUCGCCAUGAACAAAGACCAGUGGGACCCUGAGUUCCUGAAGGCCAUUCCCAUCAUGAAGACGCGCAGCGGGAUGCAGUUCUCCUGCGCCUCCCCCAGUCACAGCUGUCCAGAGAACACAUAUGAGGUGUGGGUGUGUAACAGCGAUGGCUACGUGGGUCAGGUGUGUCUGCUGAACAUCCGGGACGAGCCCACGGUGGAGGCCUGCAUCGCUGUCUGCUCCGCUCGCAUCAUCUGCAUCGCAGCCGUGCCGGGCCUGAAGAACAGAGAACGUGUGGGUCAUUCCAGCCCCUCCGUCCCAUCUGAGUCAAAUCCUACCGCGUCUACACAGCCCCAGCUCCACAUCUGCAUCUCCGGCUCGUCUCUGGAGCUCAACGAGUCGCCCGCGGUCCCCGCCGCAGAGCUCGUGCCCUUCGAUAGCGACGACAGCGAUGAUGAAGACUCUCCCAGCCCUUCAUCCACACUGCAGAGCCAAGCCUCCCGUUCCACCAUCUCAUCCGGCUUCGGCAAUGAUGAAGUAGCCGUUUCAAAGGACAUGGUCACUGAGACCACCAGCUCGGAGGAGGAACAGGAGUUUCCCGUCCCCAGCUCGUUCAGUGCGGACAGUCCCAUGGACGGCCGAGCCAUGCGGCGGUCCAGUCGAGGGUCCUUCACCCGUGCCAGUCUGGAGGACCUGCUGAGCAUCGACCCCGAGGCGUACCAGAGCUCUGUCUGGCUCGGGACCGAGGACGGCUGUAUUCAUGUGUACCAGUCAUCAGACAACAUCAGAAACAGGAAGAACAGUAUGAAGAUGCAGCACUCUGCCUCUAUCCUGUGUAUCCUGUAUCUGGACAACAAAGUGUUUGUGUCCCUGGCCAACGGAGAGGUGAUUGUCUAUCAGAGGGAAGCAGGAAGUUUCUGGGAUCCUCAGAGCUCUCAAACUCUGUGUCUGGGCUCUCCAAGCGGACCUGUGACCAAAAUGGUUCCCGUGGCAGGAAAACUGUGGUGUGGCUGUCAGAACCGAAUCCUUAUCAUCAACACCAGCACUUUAGCACAAGAGCACUCGUUCCAGGUGGCUCAGGACAGCGCGCGCUGCGUGACCAGUAUCGUGAGCUGUGGUAAAGGCGUGUGGAUCGCUGUUCAGGGCAGCGCUCAUGUGCGACUCUAUCACGCCUCCACCUACGAGAGCCUGACGGAGGUCGACGUGGCACCAGCCGUGCACAAGAUGCUUGCAGGCUCUGAUGCCAUUAUCCGGCAGCACAAAGCAGCGUGUUUGCGGAUCACGGCUCUUCUGGCGUGUAAGGACCUGCUGUGGAUCGGCACCAGUGCAGGGGUGGUCCUGACUCUGGCCAUCCCACCCGUGUCCUCCAGCACUGGGCUGGGCUCGCUGCGCCCCCUCCUCCCCAUGGGCUCCGCCCACGGACACACCGGACAUGUGCGCUUCCUCACGUGCAUUGAGCUGCCAGAGGGCUUUGACGUCAACUUCCCACUGCCGUCUGAAUCAGUGAACUCCACACAGAACAGCUCAGAGAGCAGCAGUGGAGGCCUGCAGAGACGAGACUCAGCCCGACGGCGUGCCUCCACCAUCCUCCCCGUCAAAUCCAACCUGCUGGUCAUCAGCGGCGGCGACGGCUAUGAAGACUUCAGACUGACCAAUAGCAGCGAGACGGUGGGGCGGGACGAUAGCACCAACCACUUACUGCUGUGGCGCGUGUGACGGAAGCCCCGCCCCCUCGACACAGAAGCCGCUGGACCAGCCCACGCACUUCCCAUGAAACCCCGCCCCUUCCUGUUCUCUGAUGCAUUGUGCAUGAGCGUGUAGGACGCCGACCAAUGGGGUGUUUGUUUAUCGUUACGUUGUGUUAUGGGUCAUUUUGUUUCUUGACGUAAAAUCUAGCUUACCAUGUGUUGUUUCCUGUGGCCGCUUUUGAAUAUUGUGUUGAAACUUUAAAGCAGCUUUAAAAGAAGUGGACAGAACUAUUGUAAAAACCCUUGAAGAACAUAAGAUAGACAUCAGAAAGAGAAAAAGCAGGAAAAGGUGAAGUAAAAAAAAGCAAGGAAGCAAGAUUUGUUGGAUAGCGAGAGGGUUUGAAUGCAUAGCAUGAGGCAGGGAGGAUUGUGGGUAAUCUGAAUGGACGUGCAAAGUGUAAAGACGUGUUUUCUUCAUCCUUCACUUCAUUAGAGGACAGUCCGCACACUUUUAUGGUCAACUACUGGUCUUGACAGACUGUGAUUUCAUUGGAGAAUGAAGAUGUUUUUGUUAAAGCGAGAUGAGAGUUAAUCUUACAUAACCAAUGUGCAAUAUAAGGCUAGAGUACCUACAGACUGCUAUAUGACACGCACACACACACACACACACACACACACACACAAUUUACUACUUCAGUAAUCAUCAAACUCACAGUUAGAGUUAUUACACAUUAUCACUUUAUUCUUCUGGUUAUCGAAUCAUCUUUGUGUAUAUAAAAAACAAGAUUUCACUAUGUUAUGUAAAAGAACAGCAAUGACAUUCCAUAUAUAGGUAUUGUGACAAAAAUCCUUUUGUACAGUAUUUAUGUUUUUUCAUUUUUAGUUGUCUUUUUUUUAUAGCACUUAAUUUAUAAAUAAAGUAGUCUGGCGUUUUUCUUUACAUUCCAUAUAUAGGUUUUGUGAGACCCAACGCUCAACUCAAGUUGGGUCAGUGAGGUCGCAGUCGUACGAUUUUUGAAACAUUCUUCAGGUGAAUCUCACAAAGUAACAUCCAGGUCAUAUUUCACCCCAAAAUCAAUAUUUUGCAUAAAGAAAAUAAAAACCACUUAAGAUUUUUUUUUUUAUCGUCUUUGUUUUCAUCACAACCCCCCCCCCCCCCUCCAACCAAAAAAAAAAAAAAAGAUUUCACAUUCCUGUAAUACAGUUUCAUUCUUCACUUCACUUUUUUUUUUUUAUUAAAUCUAGUCCAAAUAAUACUUUUCUUAUUUACUGUAUUUUUUUCACAUUAAACGGUAACAAUUUUGUGCAUUACAGCAAUUAGAAUUUGGGUUAAAUGUGAUGAAUUAUGUAAAAACAAAUGAUUAAUUUUGUGGUGAAAUAUAACUUCAGGAUUGCUGCGAUCUAUUUCAAUGCUCGUCUUCAUCACUAUGAUAUUUCAGGAAAAGGGAAUUGUGUUGUUUCUUAAAUGAUGUUGCUGAAGACGGCUGAAGUGUGUCUGUGUGUAGAUUAGGACAUGUAGAAUGAAGUCAGACGGGUUACAGCCCUUCGGCUUCUUGCGCGCACUUAUGAAAGACAAUUAAAUCACUAAAUCGCUCCAUGAACAAUUUCAGCUGCCUUAGUUUGCCUAUUAAGAACCGCGUCAGUCACAAACACACCCAAAUUCUCGCUCACCUGAAGGAUGUGAAGUCAGACUUUUCCCAGACCGCAUCACGUGUGUAGAAACGUCGAAGCAUUGCAGAACGUAACUUCUUAUUACAAACAGGAUCCUCAGAGAUUCAUAUUUUCGUAAACUGAGUCUGCUUUUUUAUUUGUAUUUUUUUAUCAAACAUCUAAAUCAGUCAAUGAUGACAGUCCCGAGUCGAGUCAUACUGUUGUAAGUGACCCUCACAGCCUUUUCUAGUGAAAGACAUCAUCACUCUUUAUUGUAUAUAUUGCUUUUCUCUGUACAUAGUGCUCUCACAGUCCACGAGUGUUCAUAUGAAUCUAAUGGCAUAUUUUUAUAAGUAUUUUUUUUCCUCAUUUGGCAUGUGAAGUCUCAUUUAAAUUAAAACUAUUCCUUUAUUUUAUUUUUUCAACUAUUCCAGUAUAAAAGAAGAGAAGAGAAUCCGCUCUGCGUCUGUGGUUCCUGUAACAGUCGUCGUGCUUAUUUCACACCGUUGUUUUAUUUUGUCACUGUGGGUUUCUUUGUGAUUAAACAUUCACUGAUGCCAGAAUCCAGAGCCUCUGAUGAUUCCUUAACAAACACGCUCACACAUGAUCUCACCCGUCAGAUGAGUCGCUGUCAGUGCCAGGAAGUUUAUGAAUUAGUUUUUAAAUUCAAAAGGGAACAAAACAAAACUUGUAAAUUGUAAUGAAAUGAGGUGAAGGAAAUUUUGGGAGUGUCUGAUGUGUCUGAACAGAACUGAACAACAACAAAAAGUGACAUUAAAUUAUAAUAUAAAUAAAUAAUGUAGAUUUCCACUAUUUCUCUAACUUCUGGGUAUCACAGAUUUAUGAAACAUCACAUUUUUAAAAUCACGCAGUAAUGGUUGCUCACAAAAUGUAGAUCACAGCUAAAUAUUAUGUGUGUGGCAAUUAAAAUAAGUUCAUUUU